UUACUUUCUUUAUUCACCAUAUAUACAACUUGUUGUAGCCACUAACAGCAUAUACUUCACCCCUUCUCUUGGUAGGGUUACUGGAAACUAAAUGAAACAUGUGAAGUUUAGUACAGGGCCUGGAACACAGUAGAGUUCAAUAAGUGAUAAUCGCCCUUUCCAGUCCAAGGUAGGUCUUAUACACCCUUUUAUUACAGUGCCCUUGCAAUCAAUGAUGCUCCAUAAAUAUUUAAACUAUACACUGACCCCACAGUUAAUUACCAGUACCUAUCAAAGAAAUCCUUAGCAUCGUCUCUCUUUCCCCAAUUUCCUCAGUCUCCACUCAAUUUAUUUUUAGUAAUGCCUUGUGACAAAACUCUGUAGGGAUAAGUUCCUAAAACAAGAGUGUCACAUUUAAUUUAUAUUUUUUAAAAAUCACAUAAGCACGAUUCAUGAAACAGUUAUUGGAAGCUUCUGCCAAUCCAACUGCAAAUAGAAGUAUCAAGACUUUAAUAUCUGUGGAAAAACAAAUCGCUCAAGUAUUGACAUUACAUACAAUCUCAAAUUCCAGAGUAGGUAAGGAUAAGGUAGUAAGUGCAGAUAGAGUACACCGACAACAGAUGGCAGCACUUGAACAUCAAGCCCUGAUGAUAAGCCCUCCUUUUCACAUCCAUGUGCUGCUGUGACUUGCAGAUUUGCAUAACCUCAAUCAAGGUGGGCAAAAGAUUAUGUCUACAUACUAUGGUAAUGAGAAGGGACAACAUGACAUGAAACUCGUCUGAGACACACGAGUCUAUGACUUGUUGAAGUUGUAAAGGUUGUAAUAGAUAAGCUGAGUUCUGCAAUCUUGAAAAUGGGGGUACCCACAAACCAUUAGAGCACUGGAAACAUAUAAACACUUAAAAUGUCGCUCAGCUGCACCCACACAAUGUAGCUUGAAGUUGAUUUUUUAAAGAAAUGAAAUUUAUACUCAAGUGUGGUUCAUAUAGAGUUACAAGUAAUAGAAAAUGAGUUAUUACAAUUUUUUGGUAAUAUUUCUUAUAUGUUAAUAGAUUUGUAUAUGGUUUCUAACUAGGAAGAAAUUAAAAAGAACUUUUGGAACUGAUUUGCUAGUUUAUUAUACUGCUAACUUAUACAAGAAGAAAUAGAUUCCUUCAUUCUUCUGUAUUCCAUGGUUAACAGCAACAACUUAGGAGAAAAAGACACCUAGAUUGACAUACUACCUCAAUCACUUUCUAGUUUUGUGACCUUACCAAGACACUUAAGCUGUCUGUGACUUUAUCUGUUAAAAAGUGAUUACUGGGUGUGGUGGCUCACACCUGUAAUCCCAGCACUUUUGGAGGCCUAGGCAGGAGGAUUGUUUGAGUCCAGGAGUUCCAGACCAGCCUGGUCAACAAAGUGAGGCUGCAGUGAGCUGUGAUCGUGCCACUGCACUGCAGCAUGGGCGACGGAGCAAGAUCCUGUCUCAACAACAACAACAACAAUAAAAGACGUGAUCAUACCUACCUCACAGGAUUUUGUAAGGAUCAAAGAAGUAAAGAAAAUAGCAUAAUGCCUAACACAUAGUAAGGACUCAAUAAUUGAAAGCUAUUAUAAUUGUGGUUCAAUGUAUUCUCCCCCUGCCCUGCUAAUUUUAAAUUAUUUACUUCGCGUUCCUGAAAAUGAUUGCUAACUGUAUUAUGUGUAGAUAAAGUGGCUGGGAGCUUGAUAGCUGUAGCAAUGAUGUUUUUGCAAAUAUUGUAGAUGAAAAUAAAGCUAAUUUUGGAAGGGAAUGGGGAAAGAUGAAAAUUUUAGUUUUACAUUAUCUAUUGUGUACUAAAACCUGUAUGAAGGUCUCUACUUAAGUCUAAGAUCAGGAUCUCAUGAUCCAUUUUGAUUAGCUAAGUUUGCUCAAGCCAAAGGACUUUAUUGCUUCAUGCUAACCAGUCUGCCCUGCAGUACAAAGACUGCAAAAAUAAAAUUGUGAUUUCUUGCUCCUCAGUUGCCUUGCAUUGGCGAAGGGCACACAGUGCAGGCUUUGGGUGGUGAUUAACUGGAAGGGUCUGUCCCAAAAACAGGUAACAGCAGACUGCACUCAGCUAAAUAGGCUUCUAGGUAAUGCAGGAGUUUCCACCAGCCUACUCUAAUCACACAGGUUUCUCUUUCCCUUUCUAGGACUGUCUACACUUGAAGUGGAAGUAGGCAGAAUGUAAAGAGAGGAGUUGCUGGAUACUUUUAAAGGCACUGAAAAAUUCAAGUUAAAGUUAUAGUUGAGAGUUAGUAGCCUCACUAGCCUAUCUUGAGUAAGGGUCAUGUCUCAUUCAUUUUUGUGUCUUCAUGUCGCAGCAGAGUUCUGCAUUCAAUAUAUUUGUAAAUAUAUGAGUUCACAAUUUUGAUUUUCUGAAAUGUCACGUGUGGGGACACUACCAGUUUUCAAAUAAAUACACCUUUUAAAGUGCAGUUAUGUGCCAAAUAACAAGGCUUCAGCCAUGAAUGGAUCACAUAAACUAUGGUGAUCCUAUAAGAGUAUAUGACUGUACCUUUCUAUGUUUAGAUAUGUUUAAGUACACAAAUAGUUACCACUGUGUUAUAAUUGCCUACCGUAUUCAGAAUGGCAACAUGCUGUACAGGUUUACAGCCUAAGAGCAAUAGGCUACAUCAUAUAGCCUGGGUGUGUAGUAGGCUAUACUAUCUAGGUUUGUGUUUAAAUACACUCUACGAUGUUCCCUUAGGGAUGAUUAACCUAAGGACACAUUCCUAAGAACGUAUCCCCAUCUUAAGUGAAGCACUACUGUAGUUGCUUUUGAAAUGUGUGACCUAUGGUGUAUUAAGAGGAAUACCGUGUGCCAAGAAGUGACGCUAAGCGUUUUACCUUACAACUGAGUUAAGUAAAAUUUGGAAACUUGGUUUCGAGGUUAACUAAUAUAUGUAAGGUGACAUACGUAGCAUGUGACAGAGGUAAGAAUUGAACCCAGGUCUACCUGACUCUUAAUCACAAGACAAAAAGUCUUCUAUUAAUUCCGCAAAAUCUGGUCAGCCGCUUCAAAGCGCAGCUUUAGGCAGUCCACACCUGGAAUUUGGGGUCUGGUUUACCAAGAACAGCCAGUGUGUACACCCACUCCAUCCUAUCCAGGAACUGGAAUCGAAAAGGUAAAACGUGGCUAUUGCGCAUGCUCACACCGCCCUUCCUUGCUCUCCCCUCCCUGACCCUAGAUGCCACCGCAGCAACUUUCUGGGAGGAUUUUGGAACAGCUCCCGCUAACUGUUAAGUCAAACCGGCGGAAAUCCUUCCUUUCUGCGACGUGGACACCUUUCUCAUUCUCGGGCCUUUCCAACCAGGAUGCAGAAACCACGCGCCUCCGUUUCUCAGGGAUUCAAGCCGUAGUUUGCCAGUUGUUAAUAUGGCCGCUGACAGGCCGGUCCCAAGCUGAGGCCUUUCAUAGGCCAAGGUCGCAUCCUGUCCCCGCCUAUUUUGUCCCUCCUGGCUGCGUCCGCCCAGCUCUUCGCUGCGCAUGCGCAGCGGGAGCAGGCUGGGAGGUGGGACGGACCGAGUCUUCCGUGUGUCGCUGCCGCUGCCGCCUCAGCUUCAGCCUCGUUACUCCUGCGGUUCUGUGGCUGUGUUGCUGGCGUUAACGGCGCGAGGUGAAGGGAGGUGACGGAGCGUGCGCGCGCGCGCGGGGGUCCCCUCAGUCCCAGCAGUUCCCUUCGUGCGCGGGGGGCGGCGAGGGUCUUCACCAGUCGGGAGAGGCCCUUGACGGCGCCAUGUCGGCGGGCAGUCCAUGCCCAGCAGCAGCCGGAGGGGGCCCAGGGGGCGCCUCCUGCUCCGUGGGGGCCCCCGGCGGGGUAUCCAUGUUCCGGUGGCUGGAGGUGCUGGAGAAGGAGUUCGACAAGGCUUUUGUGGAUGUGGAUCUGCUCCUGGGCGAGAUCGAUCCAGACCAGGCGGACAUCACUUAUGAGGGGCGGCAGAAGAUGACCAGCCUGAGCUCCUGCUUUGCACAGCUUUGCCACAAAGCCCAGUCUGUGUCUCAAAUCAACCACAAGCUGGAGGCACAGUUGGUGGAUCUGAAAUCUGAACUGACAGAAACCCAAGCAGAGAAAGUUGUUUUGGAGAAAGAAGUACAUGAUCAACUUUUACAGCUGCACUCUAUUCAGCUUCAGCUUCAUGCUAAAACUGGUCAAAGUGUUGACUCUGGUACCAUUAAGGCAAAAUUGUCUGGCCCCUCUGUGGAGGAGCUGGAAAGAGAGCUUGAGGCAAACAAAAAAGAAAAAAUGAAAGAAGCACAACUUGAAGCUGAAGUGAAAUUGUUGAGAAAAGAGAAUGAAGCCCUUCGUAGACAUAUAGCUGUUCUCCAGGCUGAAGUAUAUGGGGCGAGACUAGCUGCCAAGUACUUGGAUAAGGAACUGGCAGGAAGGGUCCAACAAAUACAAUUGCUAGGACGAGAUAUGAAGGGACCUGCUCAUGAUAAGCUUUGGAACCAAUUAGAAGCUGAAAUACAUUUGCAUCGUCACAAAACUGUGAUCCGAGCCUGCAGAGGACGUAAUGACUUGAAACGACCAAUGCAAGCACCACCAGGCCAUGAUCAAGAUUCCCUAAAGAAAAGCCAAGGUGUUGGUCCAAUUAGAAAAGUUCUCCUCCUUAAGGAAGAUCACGAAGGCCUUGGCAUUUCAAUUACAGGUGGGAAAGAACAUGGUGUUCCAAUCCUCAUCUCUGAGAUCCAUCCGGGGCAACCUGCUGAUAGAUGCGGAGGGCUGCACGUUGGGGAUGCUAUUUUGGCAGUCAACGGAGUUAACCUAAGGGACACAAAGCAUAAAGAAGCUGUAACCAUUCUUUCUCAGCAGAGAGGAGAGAUUGAAUUUGAAGUAGUUUAUGUGGCUCCUGAAGUGGAUUCUGAUGAUGAAAACGUAGAGUAUGAAGAUGAGAGUGGACAUCGUUACCGUUUGUACCUUGAUGAGUUAGAAGGAGGUGGUAAUCCUGGUGCUAGUUGCAAAGACACAAGCGGGGAAAUCAAAGUAUUACAAGGAUUUAAUAAGAAGGCAGUAACUGACACACAUGAAAAUGGAGACCUGGGCACUGCAAGUGAAACUCCACUAGAUGAUGGUGCUUCAAAAUUAGAUGAUCUGCACACUCUGUAUCAUAAAAAAUCUUAUUAAAUUGACCAUAUCUCCAGACAAGAUUGUUAAUCAGACUAUUCUGAAUUUGGGGCACUGGGGAAGAUGGUGACAAAGACUACAAAAUCUGGGGAGGCUGUUUGUUGCCUAAAUGAAAGGCUGGUACCUCAGGGCUUCAUGUGAACAAUUCUAAAUGCAUAAAACACCCUGUUUUCUGUGGUAGACCAUAAUUAGCUAUUGCAUGUAAAGCAAUUUUGAUUUUCUUGAACUUGUAAGCACCAAAGCAUGUGUUUCCCAAAGGGGUAUUACUGGGCUCUUAAGUACCAAAUGAAACCCUAGUGUUUUAUUUGCUUCCUUUUCCCUUUAGUAGGAGGACAGUGCUAACUGGAAUUUUAUAAGGAGUACCCUUUAAAAUACAGAGAGUAAGUGAAUUCAUAUUUUAUAUUCUAGAAUGUUAACUGUGGUGUUUCAGAAGACAGAGCUUGACUCAAUGAAUUGUAGAAAUAUAUGCUUGACUUAAUUUUUGUAACUGAAAGAAAGGCUUUAGACGUAAAAAAAUUUAUUGUGCAUCCUGAAAUCUAAACCAGUUAUUAAUGAUCAUUUAUUGUAAUGAGUUUGCAUUUCAGCUUUAUUCAAUGCAGUACGAAAUAGUUUUCUUUAAGCAGUCCUUUAUCAAUCAAUGCUGCACUAGAAAUAGAUUCUCAAAAGUUACUAAACAUUUUACUUUUUUUGUUUUUUAAAAGAAAUGCAGAUGAGUGUAAAACAUCUGUUCUCAAUUAUGUUGAUCUGUGUGCACAGUACUGGAGCAUUUACCCAUUCAUGUUGAGUCUCAAAUGCUUGUUUUCUGGGGUCCACAAAAGACAGUUUUAUACAUUUUGAGUUGUUCAUAAAGUUUGUCUUGUGAUCGUCCUGGCACUUAAAGAUAAAUUUUUCUGGUAGUAAAAGUUCAGAUUUAUUACUAUGUCAUGAAACACAGUACAUUCAUUCAAAUCAAACAUCAGUUUUCUAAGUAAAUGAUUUCCAAUCAUCUAAAAGGUGGGCAAGAUGAGAUAAAGACAUUUUGAUACAGUAAUUGUUUUGGUUGGGUUUUCAUGUCAGUUUAUGUUUGACUGAAGCUCUGUUCAUAUGCAGGUUUAUAAAUUUAUUAGGUCUCUUGUCCCAUGAUUAAACAUGGAGUGCCUCCUCUCUGAUUUAAUAUUCUUCAGGUCAUUGUAACCUGCUAGGCAAAGUCAAAACAUUGCAUUAAAGAGGUGAUAGUUUUGCUAAUAUCACUGUUUUAAAGGAUGUACAGUUAAAGGAAUAUUAAGUGAGAGAAAGCCUACAAGGCUUUUAGAGUAUUAUGAGUAUCUUCAUUUCUGGUAUUCAGAUGUUAUGUGAUAAAACACAUUUUUUUUUGUCUUUCCCAGAUACACUAUAUAUUUGUUCAAGGGUAAAUCUAUGAAAUGUAUAUACUUUAUUUUGUAGUUUUGCUAUUUAUAAAUUUAAUGUUUUAACUGUUGCUCAUUUAUGGUUUGUUUUGGGUGGUGUUGUUCAUCUGUAUAUCACCAUGUUAAUUUGUAAUAGAAGUGCACUUCAUAAUGUAUAUUGUUACUGACAUUAAAAUACUUUAUAGCAUUGUC